UCCCUUAGGCUUGUUGCAUGAAACUUCCGUACACAGCGCAAGAAGAUGGACAUUAUGAUCAAGAAAGGGCUCGCAAGCUUAACCAGCACCGAAACGACCAGAGCCUCGUUUUGGUUGUUGCGGCGAUUGUUGUCUUCUAGCGCUGCUGCUGAGUUGUCCGAUGUAGAUGCUCCUGCUUCUUCGGUUGUUAAGGCCGUCAACCCCACUUUGCUUCAGCCUAGAGUGGUCGUCUAUGAUGGUGUCUGUCAUCUCUGCCACCGAGGAGUGAAAUGGGUAAUUAGAGCGGACAAGGACAGAAAGAUCAAAUUCUGUUGCGUUCAGUCUGAAGCUGCUGAGCCCUAUUUGAGAGCAUGUGGUCUUGAACGAGAGGAUGUCCUCCGUCGCUUUUUGUUCAUUGAAGGCCUGAAUGUAUACUCUCAGGGAUCUACUGCUGCAUUGCGAGUAAUGUCAUACUUGCCACUACCUUACUCUGCUUUAAGUUCGCUCUUGGUGGUUCCAAUUCCAAUCAGGGAUGCUGUGUAUGAUUAUGUAGCAAAACAACGGUAUGAAUGGUUUGGUAAGGCUGAAGAUUGUUUGGUUUUACAAGAGAAAGAGCUGCUUGACCGUUUCAUAGAUAGGGAUGAAAUGAUGAAUCGAGGUCGUGAUUUGUAGUUUUAGCUGCUGCCUUAAGAUAUCAGCCACCAUUUACACUCACAUUUCAGCUUCUUCUUUUCUAUUAUCUUGCAAUCUUCUGCAGUGCUAGAUUGUAAAUUUGAAGUGCUUUCAUGAAUAGUAUGCUUCACCCAAAAUUACUUAUCCUUCAAUCAAAUUACUUUUUUUUUUCCCAGUAUAUUUUGGAAUGCCAUUCUUGAGAUUUACAUAAAUAGCAGUAUGGAGUGUAGAUAUUUAUUGUCCUGAAUUUAUAUAUGAGUUAUGUUAUUAGUAUAGGCCUCUUUUUUACACACUAUUUUGUACACCUUU